AAUUUAAAGACCACAAAUCUCAUUUCCUUUGAACACCCCUUUUCACACCCUCUAAACAUCAAAUCAACGAGUACCCAUUUUUCCCUUUCGGAUCCCAAGUUGAAGUUACUUCGAACGAAGACGGUUUUCUGGAUGCUUGUUAUUCUUCGAGUGUAAUAUCUCCAUCACCUUCUAAGGAAACCCUAAAGGAAAGAUUCUUGUUGAGUAUAAGAAUUUGUUAUUGGAUGAAAAUGGGUCUACACUUUUGCAAGAAUUUGUUGAUGUUGAGUUUGUAAGACCUAAACCUCCAAUUGAUGGGAAUGAUAGAAAAGCUUUUGACUUAAAUGAAGUCGUUGAUGCGUUUUAUCAAGAUGGGUGGUGGCGUGGAGUUGUUACUUAAGUUUUUAAAAAUAGAUAUACAGUUUUCUUCUCUAAUCCUCCUGAUGAAUUGGAAUUUGACUCUUCUGAUUUGCGGAUUCAUAAGAAUUGGGUUCUCCCUGAAAAACAGAGAAUGAGGGAUUAGGAAGCCGGAUUUCAGAAAGUAGCUGUAGAUUAUCUUCAUAUUAGGCCUUCACCUCCUAGUUCAAGUCACAGUUUUUAAUUUGUUGGAAAAAGUUGACGCCUUUGUCGAGUAUUAUUGGUUGAGUGGGGUAGUGACCAAAAUUCUUGCAGACGGAAGGUAUAUAGUGUAUUUUAAGCGCACAAAUAAGGAGAAGGAGUUGUCUCAUGCGAAUUUGAGGUUCCACAUGGAGUGGAAUAAUGGCAAGUGGACUUAUAGCUCCCAGGAUACUUUGAUGACGUCAAAUUCUGAAAAGCAUUUAAACCUUGUUAAUGGUAGUAACAAGGAGAUGACCCACACCCCAUCUGAAGUUCUUAAUGUUGUGGAGAAGAAUAUUCCAUUGAAUAGAGUAUUUACCACAACUCCUAGAAGUGGUCAGAAAGAGCCGCAUACACCUGACAAUGACAAGACCAAUUCUAAUGGCACAACUCCUAACAACAUAAAGUUGAAACAAAUGAAGGAGUCAAAUCAUGGAAUCUCAGCGGAUUUGAAUUCCCCUUCACCUGAUGAGGCUGAGCUGUCUAAGCUGAAACAAGAUGAAAAAAUCAGUCAGCUGUCUGAGCCUUCAGAGAUCAAGGACUUUGAAAAGCAGUCUACCCCAAGAAAGAGGGGAAGGCCACCAAAGCCACGAGCUUUACCGUCAGGGGAUUCACCUCGAGAGUUUGUUGUUCAAACCCCAAGCAGUGAUAUGGGGAACUUUGGACUUAUAGUUGUAGGGUUGACACAUAACGGCAAGAUGAUUAACUCAGUGGGUCAGAGUUCAAGUCGGCAUUUGAAAUCGGCGCAAAAGAAUCUUGUGGCGAGUGAAGAGAAACAUGUGGAUGAUCACAAAAGUGUAAUGAGCAAUGAGAGUGAGCAACAAAAGAAAGGUGAAGUCCCAAUUAAGAGGAAGAGAGGCCGCCCACCUAAAGCACAAUGCCAGCCUGGUAGUCCAAAGACGAAAGAAGCAGGGCCAGAUCUUUUGGAAGAGAAGAAAGAUGGUACUUCUGAUGCCAAAGAGGACGAUGAAAAUUUCUCGCCCACUAGUGAAGUUGCUGAGCUUGUUGCUACUGCUGCUGAGCUUAUUGAAACUAAUGACUCAACCCCUACCGAUUUUGAUGCAAAACGUGGGAUGAAUAUCAACGAUGAUUUGAAGCGAUCAAGUGACAUACGUAGAGUUACUAUUGGAAGUAGUUCGAGAAGACAAGUAAAAAGGCAGAGGAAAUCCUCAACAGGAUCCCUUAUGCUGGAUUUAAAUGAACCACUUAGACCUUUAAAUUCGAGGAAAGGAAAGAGAUAUAAAUCAGGCAAACCGGUUGAUUCUCAAACUGAAGAUGAUGUGGAUAACUCCAGAAUCAAAACCAUUGAGGUUUUUAGCAACGGAGUAUCGAGAGAUGUCGACAGUAUGGUUGCAGGAACCUCAAGUAAUGCUUCGGAUGAUGAAAGGCCAUUAUCGGCUUGGUUUGAAGGAGCACAGUCUCUUUCCACAACCGAUUCAAGACUUCCUCCUGAUGGGUCUGCCGGUCAAUAUAAUGAGAGUGGAGAAAGAGAAAAUAUAAAGAGCGCGCUGGUCAGUCAACUCAAAGAGAAGGAAUUGGAUAAAAUGGUGGACAGGUCUGUCGUUAAUGGUGGUCAGCUGCAAGAUAAGAAUGUCCCUGGAAGACCAGACCAGCUGCUAACACAAUCGAUUGUGCCUGUGGAAGAGCAAGACUUGCCGUUCGUUAAGAAUUCCCUUAUUUGGCAAACAAUUGAAAACAUGGAAGUUUUGAAGCGAAUUCCUCAGAAACCACAUUUCCGUCCAUUGUACAAUUGCAAGGAAGAAUGUCGAGAAGGAUUAGCUAUCGGCAGUAUGGUAACCUUUACCAGUUUAGUCGAGAGGAUAUCCAAGGCUUGUUUUAAUGAACCCAAAAGCCUCUUAGACGGGUAUCUUGAAGCUCUUGUUGACCUGGAAGAGCUAGGUUUUGAUGUAGCACCGGUUAGAGAGAAAUUAAAUAAAAUGAUAUCCAUAAAAGUUAAGUUAGAAACAGCUCAAAAUACAUCUAGUGAGAUCGAGAGCCAGAUCAUGGAGCGCAACCUUGAGAAGUCGACUAUCAACGGGGAGUUAGCAGACGUAGAUAAGAAGAUAGGGGAGCUAAUGGAGAAGCGGGCAUUGGUAUUGUCAAAGAUAGAAAGGAAGGAUGCCGAGAUUACAUUGCUUCAAACAAGUAUAGAUGCCAUUAAGGGUACGCUUGAAACUGCUGAAAAUGAGUUUAAGAAAUUAACAACCUCGCUUUUCUAACUGUAAUUGCUUGUAUACAUUUGUUUGUAACUGUUGUGUGUACAGAUCGUUAGCAGGUUCAGAUUAUUGUUCGAUUUCAACUAACAGUUGUAAUGCUAGAUUAGUUUUAGGAAACAGUAAAUGAUCUGAAAUAUUCGGGUUUUUUUAGAGUCUAAAGAGGGCUUUUGCCCAUCUUUUAUAGAAAGGAAAUGAAAAACGUGGGGUUGCUAAACGUAGAAAUUGCUUGCUGGUGCAGUGACAAUGAUGCAGUCGCGAUAUGAUGUUUGUAGAGCUGUUCAGUGAACCAGCUUUUGUAGUUGACUGGGUCGAGGAAUGCUUUUCGGCAUUGCUUAUAACUAAGCAUCCUCGUUUUGUAGUAUGAAUAUGGUCGAUGACUCUAUGUAGGUGAUAUUUCUAUUGAUCGUGUAAACUUUGUGUUAAAAUCUUUUGCUUCAAGUCGAACUAAUGGUUGUUGCGGACAA